GCGACGUAAGGGCGCUCCGCGAGCCCGUCUCUCCUCGAAUGAAAGGAAACAACCUCCGGCGACAGAGCCCCGCUCCCAGGCGCUGCCGGAGAACCGAGAUCGACUUCUUUCUCUUUCCCCUUAUUGGCGCUUCUCCCCUUCCCUUCGCCUCCGGGCCCCGCCGCUUUUCUUGAGGCAUAAAGUGGCAUUCUAAAGGCAAUUUAAAAAUCAUGUCAAGCUCUGUUGAACAGAAAAAAGGGCCUACAAGACAGCGCAAGUGUGGCUUUUGUAAGUCAAAUAGAGACAAGGAAUGUGGACAGUUACUAAUAUCUGAAAACCAGAAGGUGGCAGCACACCAUAAGUGUAUGCUCUUCUCAUCCGCUUUGGUAUCAUCACACUCUGAUAACGAAAGUCUUGGUGGAUUUUCUAUUGAAGAUGUCCAAAAGGAAAUUAAAAGAGGCACGAAGCUGAUGUGUUCUUUGUGCCAUUGUCCCGGAGCAACAAUUGGUUGUGAUGUGAAAACUUGUCACAGGACAUACCACUACCACUGUGCAUUGCAUGAUAAAGCUCAAAUACGAGAGAAACCUUCACAAGGAAUAUACAUGGUUUAUUGUCGAAAACACAAGAAAACUGCACAUAAUUCUGAAGCUGAUUUAGAAGAAAGUUUUAAUGAACAUGAACUGGAGCCUUCAUCGCCUAAAAGUAAAAAGAAAAGUCGCAAAGGAAGGCCACGAAAAACUAAUUUUAAAGGACUGUCGGAAGAUACCAGGUCUACAUCCUCUCAUGGAACGGAUGAAAUGGAAAGUAGUUCCUAUAGAGAUCGGUCUCCACAUAGAAGCAGCCCUAGUGACACCAGGCCUAAAUGUGGAUUUUGUCAUGUAGGGGAGGAAGAAAAUCAAGCAAGAGGAAAACUGCAUAUAUUUAAUGCCAAGAAGGCAGCUGCACAUUAUAAGUGCAUGUUGUUUUCUUCUGGCACCGUGCAGCUCACAACAACUUCAAGAGCAGAAUUUGGAGAUUUUGAUAUUAAAACUGUACUGCAGGAGAUUAAACGAGGGAAAAGAAUGAAAUGUACACUUUGCAGUCAGCCCGGUGCUACUAUUGGAUGUGAAAUAAAAGCCUGUGUUAAGACUUACCAUUACCACUGUGGAGUUCAAGACAAAGCUAAAUACAUUGAAAAUAUGUCACGAGGAAUUUACAAACUAUAUUGUAAAAAUCAUAGUGGAAAUGAUGAGAGAGAUGAAGAAGAUGAAGAACGAGAGAGUAAAAGCCGAGGAAAAGUAGAAAUUGAUCAGCAACAACUAACUCAGCAGCAGCUUAAUGGAAACUAGGUUCAUGGGACAGAGUUAGAAAACUGGGAAUGAAUAAGACAUCCAUAACUACUAUUCUUUUUUCACUGUUUUCUAAAAUCAAAAAGGGUUUGUAACUUUUUACUGCCCAACUCUUAGAUCCUUCAUUGAACUGCCUAAAAGCAUCUUGUUUGUUUUAUGAGCCUUCACUAGAUGGCAGAUUUGACAUGUUGAUAUUACGUAGCUGUAGUUUGCAGUUUCUGGGAAGCAAUUGAAACACUAUUAACCCUGUGUAUAGUGUCAACAGUUAAAGCAGACAUUGAAAUGAAGUAAGCUAUAUUUCUGGACUGAACAAAGUUCUACUGUUUAGAAUGUCUAAGUUUGUUUAGUGGAUUCAUACUCAAGGGAAAGCGUAAGCAAAUUUCACUUUACAGUGCAAACAUGCCUCUGGUGGCAACACAUGGGAAUUUUUGAAUUUUUUUUCCACGCUCAAGUAACGGAGGCUAGAAAUGAAGAGAACCUUCUUUUUCUCUUGGCUUUGACAGCACAUGCUAAAAAAUCUCUUCCAAGAAGUGUGCUAAAGCUUUUCAUUUGGUUCCUGUUAAAGUUGUUCUCACUGACCAGCAUGGACUCGGGCAACUGGUGAUUAUAAGCUUUGAGCUCCAGUGCUUAUGCCAAAAUUCUCUUGACAGUAAACCUCUUCUCUUUUCAUGUCAUACAAAGAGCUUCUAGCAAAAUGAUUGGAUCCUUUCAAGUUUAAACUAACAUUUGGCAACAGCAAAUGAAACCUCUUUAAGAUUUAAGGGGUUACCACUUACUAAGGACUUUAGCCACCAUGUCUGAAACUUGUUCCUCUCAAGUGCCGUGUUUUUGUGGAACACUUCAUAUAUUGGCCCAAAGUAUGUAAGGAGGUCUCAUGUGCUGUAGAAUAAAAAAAAAAAAACAGUCUUUGCAUAAAACAGUAUUUAUUUUUAAUUUUGUGACCACUAUUUUAGAAACUUUAUUUAAUGUUUUUAAUGUUUUCAUUCAUUGCUUUGCUUAUCUAUAAAAUAGGCUUCUGUGACCUAUUUUUCUUCUGGUAAUGUUCAGUAUUGUUUUAUUGAUCAUUAGAAUUGUUUCUCAAAGCCUAAGAACCCAGCUUUUUAGAAAGGAUUUUCACACUGGCAUUUCUAGCUAGUGAUAUUUUCUUCCAUUUACCUGCUGAAGCACAUUUAUCUAUUUCUUUAUGGCAAAACCAAAAAAAUUUUAGUUGUGUUCUGCCUAAUAUUACCAUAGCACCUCAGUAUCAAGGGUAGGGAUUCUGAUUUCUGGUUUAUUAACCUACCACAUUAAAGCAGAUUAGCCGACAAGAAAUAACAUGUUAACUUGACUGUACAUUGAGAUGUUCUACAGCUUAUGGAAAAGCAUCUUAAAAAUGUAACAGGUGGAAAAUUACACUGUGCUUAAUGACUGAUUUUUUUUAUAACUGCUAGUCCCUUAAAGUCACAUUUGUCAAGUGUGUAUUCACACAUUUACUUAAAUCAAGGGACUCAAUGAUUGCUUUAUUUUAACCAUCUUUUAUUAUUUUUAGAAGGAAACUAGCUUUAGUAGUGGAUUGCCCUAUACGUUCUUCUCCUUUUGCUCUAAAUAUACCAUUGGAUUUUUUUGUGUAUGUAUGUGAUGAAUUUUCAAAAUUCACCAUGACUUGAAGUGCAACGACAGAUCUAGAUGUUUGUUUACCAAGCUAUGUGACUUUUCCCAAAGGAUCUGUACUUUAUUUCCUUACAGCAGCUUGAAACCCAUUAUUUUAAAUCUUUGAAUCACUGUGUCUAGAUCAUUUUUACAUUGUGUGCCAUAGACUUACCCACGGAAUAAUAGAGCACCUUCAUUUUUGGACAACUACUGUAAUGAUAUUUUUAGGAAAAAUGGAAGGUGCCAAGGGGUAAUAAUGGCCAGUCAAUAAUCAUGUAAUGAUCUUCAAAUACUAUAGCUGUCAGUUAAUAAAUUUGUUAUGUAAUAAAGUGUAUGACUUUGUAUGGGUUUCUUCAACCCUUUCUCUGCCACUAGCAACCAGAAUAGCACUUUACCAUUUGGUUGGCUAGAUAAGUGGCUGGCUACCUAUUUUUCUCACUGUGGUGUCAUUGGCUAAACAGUCUUUCAUUAAAAAUUGAAAUGUAAAUUGAAGUCACAUGAAAAAUCACCUUUGGUUGUAAACUUCCAAUAUUUUGAUUCUCUAUCCAUGUUUUCGUCACAUGCUGAGUAAAAGUGCCUUACAAUGUAAAAAUUGUACAGUACUUAUGUUCCCAAGUAGCAUCAUCAUCUUUUGGGUAGUAAUUACAUUGUGGUAUGAAUAUUUAGAAAAAUGGACCUCAGCAGUGUAUUUACUGUUCAUCUCUUAAGUCCUUAACUGUAGUUUUAAUAAGCAUGAUAUUAUUUGAUAAGUAUAUAACAUUUACAUCAUUUCCAAAAAUACUGCCAUGACUGUCCUUUAUGCAUAUUUUAGCUUAAAAUUUUGAAGCAUUUUUUCUUUUUUUCCUUUUUUUCCUUUUUUCCCUUUUUUUGUUUUGUUUUUGUUAUCAAUAUUAAACAGUGUAAUCUUUGCAAGCAUAUAUUGAAGAUUAUUCUGGAGCAUUUAUUGCCUUACCAGAAAUGUUAGUAAGAAAUGUUCUUUAGAGUAGAAAGAUAGACUUGAGUUUCUAUACUUUAAUGAGCUCUUUGUUCCUGGGGGGAGGGGGGUGGGAAGGGUGAGUUUUACUUUCAUCUCAAUUUAUUAAAAACCCACAACUGAAGUACAUUUUAUUUCAAGGAUCAGCAGUUUGAGAAUUUCAGAUAGUACUUGCUCAGGAGUACGUGUUACUCAAGAUACUAAGAGAAUAACAAGAUAUGUAGAUCUACUGUUGAAUCAGAAUCUAUGUACUUGAACAAAUGUGUGAAUCUUAAAUAUCUCAAAGCAAAAGAAAAGUGUUCUAGAAUGUUGUUGCUUUUUUAAGAAGCACUAAAGUUAGACCAAGGUAUACAGUUUUGUUCUAACAGACAUUUAGGUUAUUGUAAAGAUAAGGAAUGCAUUAUGGGUCAAAAUCAAACAUUCCUCUCAUAUUAUGUAUAUUUUGUUCCUGUUAUAUUGGCUUUAUUUUCAAAAUUGUAGUUUGUAGUAUUAGUUUCCUUUUAUUGGUAUUCUUGCAUAUACUAUUCAUUCAAUAAAUGAGUUAUGACUUUCAU